UAUAAAUAUUGCAAAUUAGUGCGAUAAUAGUAAAGCAAUAUCCUAAUGUUGCUCUCUCUCUCUCUCUUUCUUUCUUUCCCAAACAUGCACGCACUCAUGCACGCGCAGUUUCAGACACACAAACGCCCACGCACACCCCCACACACACAUACACAUACUAACAUAUCCUACACGACAGACCGGCGCAGAGAGACAGACAGGCAAGCCAAGUCAUGGAGGCGAUAUGGCUCUAUCAGUUCCGGCUGAUCGUCAUCGGAGACUCCACGGUGGGCAAGUCGUGUCUGAUCCGGCGGUUCACCGAGGGCCGCUUCGCCCAGGUGUCGGAUCCCACCGUCGGCGUGGACUUCUUCUCCCGGCUGGUGGAGAUCGAGCCGGGCAAGAGGAUCAAGCUACAGAUCUGGGACACCGCGGGUCAGGAGCGCUUCAGGUCCAUCACCAGGGCUUACUACCGUAACUCAGUGGGCGGGCUCCUCCUGUUCGACAUCACUAAUCGUCGCUCUUUCCAGAACGUUCACGAUUGGCUGGAAGAGGCUCGCAGUCACGUCCAGCCCCACAGCAUCGUCUUCCUAUUGGUGGGCCACAAGUGUGACCUGGAGGCACAGCGCCAGGUGACCCGCCAGGAGGCAGAGAAGCUAGCAGGGGCAUACGGGAUGCGCUACGUUGAGACGUCGGCCCGUGACGCCAUCAACGUGGAGCACGCCUUCACCGAGCUGACCAGGGACAUCUUCGCCUUGGUGCGGUCUGGUGACAUCACAAUCCAGGAGGGCUGGGAGGGCGUUAAGAGCGGGUUCGUCCCCAACGUGGUUCACUCCUCGGAGGAAGUGACCAAGAGUGACCGCCGCUGUCUCUGUUGAUCUGGGAAAAGCUGGAACGAUGGGACUGGUGGAGAAAAGGGGAGGGGAACCAGGGAGGAUUCAGAGGGGAGUGGCUGACGGACUGAGUGUCAGCCCUCUGACUGAAACUGUUGGUAACCCUCAGUUAUUCUUUCUUCUGACUGGAUACGGAGGAGGAUUCAAGGAUUUCAAUGAAAAGGUCAGCUGAAGGCGAAAAAGAACACCUUAAACGUUGGUGGACAGCUGGAGGCUUGUGCCCAUUUCUGUUCAUAUACGUUUAUUUUAAUGGAGAGGAAGGAUCACAAAUGCUCAUUUACUUACGAGGGCUCCCAUAAUUCAGUUCUUUUAGUUUUGUUUUGGGCUUCUUGCCUGAAAAUCCCUCCUUGAUAGUCUUAGAAAGGCCUUAGAAAGAGGAUCAACUUCCGUUCUUCACAAAAUACACUCUUGACUUCUUUAACCCAUUCUUUCUCACCUCUCCUCUCACUAAUCUUAACCUCAUCCUCUAAGUUGGUGUCCAACAUGCUCUCAGCACAUAUCAUUCCAAAGCAUUGUAGUCAGCAACCUUAGAUACAACCUCCAUCAUAGUUUCUCUCGUGCUGAUAUUUUGCUCCACAUUCCACCAUCAGAGCUCAAUGGAGGAGUCCUGGAGGUCCCAAAUUUAACAAGGGAAGACUGAUUUAACGACUGGAGUUGUGAUUUUCUUGGGAUGACAUUAUUUCUCUUUGGAAGAAUUUGGGCCUCCGGUGAGCUUAAUGACAUUGACUUCAUGGUUGUAUCCACCAUAAUUCUGCUAAGUACGGCACUAUAACAAAACCCCAUCACCAAUUCCCAAUGGACUCUGUAAACAGGAAGAGACUUAUACAGCCUAACUGACCAAGGUGGAUGAGCAACUCCUACCUGCCUUUACAUGGGAACUCAUUAUGGUGGAUUAAUAGGAGUGUUGGAGCCAGGAAGCACCUUAAUAUCCAGUGUCCACCAUAAUAUAACAGGAGCCUCAUUUGGGGGCAUUCGAAAGGUGAUAAUCAGUAAACUGGAGAUCAUUUAUUUCUUGAAGGCAUAGCAAAGCAAACAGAGAAAGACCAAACCAUUCAGAGGGAAACUGAACGAAUGGACUCCACAAGCAGCCACAUUACCUACAAUGCACGCAUACGGACUGAGGUGUACCACAAUUUAAUCAAGCAAAGAAGGUCCAAUAGGUAGGCAUUAAUUGAGUCCAACACAGAUACAGGCAUAAGGGUUUACAUGAUUUUUUUUUUUAAAUUGUGUUCACAUGUUCAAUAUCCUUUUUGUUUUUGGUUUAAAAUGCUCCAAUGCUACAGGUUGAUCUAAGCGCCAUAGUUACUUGGGAGGUUUCUUUAUGCGUCUUGGGUAAAUCAGAUAUCUAUGCCUCAAAAAACUCAACUGUAAAUGCAAACAGGAUGCAUUACAGAAUAUCAAAAAGGUUUUUUGACCACAGACAUUUUGACUCGCUAUGUCAUGUCGUAGGAAAAAUACAGUACAAAUAUCAUUAAACCUACAUUAAGGGGAGCUGAAACAAGUUGUGAACACAACACUGACAUCACUUUUAAGUCAAUAUGUUGGACUUAUUGGUAAACAGUUGCUUAUUUCCACAUAUAGCAGUUAUGGAGCCAUAUCAUCAUUCAUUUGUAGUCUUGUUUUUGUCCACCUGGUGAAUUUAAGUCCAAUAUUCACUCUCUUUUAGUUCUGUACCAACGCCUGAAGGAAAUAUCUGGCUCUUUAGGUGCUAAAUGCUCCGUAACAUUCACCAGCUAGUUGCUAACUGUGUCUGUUUGUGCAAACCAAAAGAGUAAAGUGUCACCUGGACAGCUAAACAAUGAGCUGAAAGAUGCUAUAAAGCUGAGAGGAGCUGUUGAGUCAAAGAUAAUUUGACGUCCCAUCCGAAUCACAUAUUGCUUUGAAAUCAACCACUGGACCAAAUGUAUGAAUCUGUUGUUUUUUGCUAGCCACAUCAACCUAUCUGACUUUCUUUACCAAACUUAAAUAAAUUAGUGUCAUUUAAACACUGACAAGGGACACAAAGACACUUGUAGCAUUGCUAUUUAAUGGAUUUCACAAGUACCUAGAUCGCCUGGUGUAAAUCUAGAAAUCUUUUUGCAGGAUCCUCACUUCAAACUUCUUUUAUCAUAAUCCCAAGUAACUUCUUAAUGUGAAUCAAUUUAGUUCUUUCCCUCCUGCGGUUAAUUAUUACACUCCUCUGUAGGUCAGUGUUGAUAAUGUAAGCGCAUAAUUUUCUCACAUUGUUUGCCUUCUUUCAUAUAUUUCCAAAGAGUACUGCUCAUGUCAUUUUAUUUUAACAUGAAUGUAUAAGCAGGGGAGGGGGGAGAAAAGGUGAUUUUACACUGAGUUGUCAUAUAAGAAAUGUGUGAAUGAGAAACAUUUGCAGUAAAAGUAACACACCCUUUUCCUUACAAAAGCUCUGACUAAAAUGUUUCGAGACUUGAGUGGAAAUUAUUCAAAUGAUAGUCCGUUAUUCCCUUGACUCUACAUGUCAUAUUAUUCCUUACUGAAGUGAGUGAAAUGCUGCCAGAAAAAAGUCGAUCUUUAAAAAACCCUCCCAGGAAUAAAGGAGAAAAAAAAGAAAAAAAGAAGCAAAUGUUCUCCCGGAUGCUUUUUAAAAAAAAAUCUGACAAGGUUUUUGCAAGGUCACAACCAGGGUAUGUUAAAUCCCACAACAGCUUUAAAAACAGUCUGUUUUCCUUCCUCUGCCUUGCUGUAUCAUCACAUGCUUUCUACUCAAACACUUUUAAACAUUCCCAAGUGGACAUCACGGAGGAGACGGUUCAGAAGUGUUGAAGUCGGCGUGGGUGGGUGUGGAUGUCGUCGUCUGUGUGUAUGUGUGUGUGCGACUCCUCCUUAUGGGAUGCCAACAUUUUUUCCCACCAGAUGUCAGCCAGCUGGUAGAUCGGCUCUGCCAUACCGCACUCAGUUGGAUAUCUCAAAGAUAUGUAUUGGCUCGCUUUCAGUCUGAAAUAUUGUCACUGGUCUCUGAAAGGUCAUGUUUGCAUCAUGUGCUCCAUUCAUUUUCUUCUCGCUCUGAAUCAUGUUUCUAGCAUUCCCUUGGUAAAUCUGUGUUUUCCUUAAUUCCUUUUGACUCAUGUUUCUCUCGCACAACUCAGUGUAAAGUAUCCUGUCAUAAUACAAAAAGUGAUGCAAAGGAACAUAAGACAUUGUAAGGGAAUGAAAAGGCAUUAUGGGGGAACACAAAAAAGUACCUUGAGGGAAUGCAAAAGUGUUAUCGAGGCUCUCUAUCGUGAAAAGAAGCUUAAUUGAGACACGUUUCAAAUCGGCAGUUUUCAUCCAUCAGUGCUUAGUUACUUGUGUUUUGGACCAAAUCUGAGCCUGUCAAUGAAGCCUGUCACUUCUUAAAAGGUUUUUAAAAUGUUGCCAAAUUUAAGUUGAGCUUCAAAAUGGUUCAGUGCUAAAAAGAGUGUGUCUUCUAAUCAGAUUUAUAUAUUGAUUCCCGGCAAAUCAACACAUCUUUUCACUGUAAUACACAACCUUUUUAUUCCUGAUGCAGCCACGACUCUCUCUGUCAGCUGAUUCCAGUAAAACACGAUUCAAUCAGUUUGUGAAAUAAGCAGCCAGCCAAUUAAACACUAAAGACAUCCUACAUUUGAGAGUCCUCUACUUUCCUAGAAGCCCAAUCAGCUUGUAACAGUCUGGAAGAGGCUCUUAAUGUUUUAGCCCUCACUUGACACUGCAGUCUGUGAGUAAAGCUACUUCCCUCCAAAGCUGAACCUUUCGAGAGUCACAUGACAACACUGAACAUGAAAGAGGCAUUUUUGGCUGAGCCCUGCAGUCCAUUCAGUCAAGUUUCUUCCCUUUUCCAAACCGUUUCAGUCUGCUUUUAUUUGACUCGGUGAAAACAAUGAUAUGGAAAUUCUGAGAUGCCGACAAAGUCAACCCCAAGACUCAAGGAGGGAUUGAGAAAGGGCACUUCGAAGGGUGCCACUCGAAUGAUGGACAGCAUUUUCAUGUUUGACAACAAAGCAAUCUCCUUCUUGGCUCGUUACCAGAGAAACGUACAGGGUGAUUUACGGACACUCUGUGGCGGUCUCUGCCAGUAACCUUGGCAGGAUUUAGUUUCACUAAGGCUGCUUUCGCACACAGAAUACAUGAAUACUGAUGGACUCACUUCAACUCUCAGUAAACAGGUUGCUAAGAAGGAAACUAAACCAUCAGUGCUGAAAAUGAGACUCUUUGUGAGAAAUAUCACCCUGUUGCCAAGAAUUAGAUGGAAGGUCAACACCAGCCUCAUUUGUGUACAGUAAAUAUAAGUAAACAGCUGGUUAACUUAGGUUAGCAUAAAGACUAAAAACUGUAGGAAAUAGCUAACCUGCAAUUAUCAUGACUUAUGAGUUUUACACUUUGUUUUUGCACAAAUUAAACAAACAAGAUAUAAUGUGUGAUAAGUGAGCUGUUGAGGUGCUGUUGAGCACAUUGUAUUACUUUUGGGCAGAGACAGGCUAGCAUUUCUCCCAUGUUUCCAGUCUUUAUGCAAAGCUAAGCUAACCAGCUAUUUGCUAAGCUAAUCAUAUACACAUGAGUCUGGUAUCAAACUUUUCAUCUUCCUCUCAGCAAGAAAGCAAAUGAGCGUACUUUGCAAACUAUUAAUUUAAGCGUAAUCAUCCCCUUGCAACUUUUGCUAAUAAUAUCCCUGUUUUUAUGAAAAUAUAUACUCAGUGGAGCCUCUUUAGUCUGAAUAUUUCAAAUUGCACAUGAGACUUUCCAGACUAUACUUUUGACUUUGCACACACACACACACAUUGUUUAUAUGGCUCUGACAAAACUACAGUGGGAAAUAAACACCAUGUACCAGUGGAUUGUUGCUAACAUGUCUAGAGCUGCAACUAAUGACUGUUUUUAUGUCAUUGAUUAAUCAGCUGGUCUAAUCAUUAGAAAACUGUAUAAUAAAUGGGUUUCUAGGUCCCAAAGUGAUGCCAUCAUGUCGUGUUUUGUCAAACCAACAAAAUUCAAAAAUACUCAAUUCACUGUAACAAUUUGAGAAGUUCGAUCAAUCAAAUGUUGUUUUAUUUCCACUUGAAAAGGUACCAGCAUGAUUAAUAACUUAUCAGAUUAAUUGUAGAUUAACUUUACGUUCAUUGACAAAUCUUUGCAGCUCUAAACAUGUCAUUAAUGCGUCGGCUUCGCAUUCAAACACGUCUAUCUGGUGGGUGACGACAGCAAUUCCCUGCCCUCAAAACCUUCUCACAGGAGACACGGUAUGAUAAAAAUGAUCUUUCACCUUUGGUUUGAACCCUCUGAGCUGUACAGACAAUAGUGUAUAUCACUGUCCCCCUAACCCUGCUGGGGUAAAAGCGGACAGUGUCUCUUCCUCUGCUCUAGUUAUCUAUCAACAAACUGAAAUGUACUAAAAAUAAAAAUGUGACUGGAAAAAUAAACAUGUUCUCACUGCUAUUUUUUUUUACACCAGGUUGUUGCUUUUUUCCCCCUUUCCCAGUCUUAGGCCUUUCAUGUUGUGAACUACUGGAAAGGCAGGAUGUUGGAGAAACUAAGAAUAUUGUAACAUUUAUUCACAUGCUUUUAAAAAAAAAUGCUGCCAGUUUUGGGGAUAUUUGAAAGUAGUUUGAAACUGUGAAAAGUUGGAAAUAGACUCUCAUGGGACCCAAAGUCCCAGUUUUUUCUUUUCUUACCAAUUUAUUGGGGAAUUUGCACCACUUAAAUACAAUAUCAACUAAAGCAAGUCAUGAAUUAUAACCUUUUAGUUUAUAUUGGACUCACAUGGUGCAUAUUCCUAAAGGAUAGGUUUUAAAUCAAAUAACUGGUUGUUAAUAUAAUAAAGCUGCCAUGUGUAGUCAAUAGUUCACAAUAUACUGAACUAGAUACACAAUGUACAGAGAAUAGUAGAUGGAAAGGGGUUUA